CGCUCGAGGCGCGGGCUCCGCGGCGGGAAGCAAGCCCUCUAAAGCUCGCGCCUGAGUUCCCCUCCUCACACCGAGGCGUCGCGAGGCACACGGGCCGUUGGACCCGAGAGACUGAAGGACUUUAUAAAGAGUUUGUUAGCUCUGAGCUGUGAGCCGUUAGCUGUUAGCUCUUUCAGCGCUUCUGCCAUAAGAAGUUCGUUGAGGCCUUGGAACCACGAAACUUUAUUAGGCCAUGAGACCGGGACCCGAGGCUCAGCUGUGUGUCUCAGACAAGACCCGUCCACACCUGAUCAGACCAGACCAGAGCAGACCAGGGCAGACCAGGGCAGACCAGGGCAGGGCAGAGCAGACCCGACCCGCCCCAGGCACAACGGUCUCUAGAUGAGGGCCAUUGAAAAAGUUUAAUUAUUUUUGGAUUUCUUCGAUAUAUAUAAAUGUAUUCUCUUCGCAUUUUUAUAUCAAUUACUAGUUAAUGGAACUCCUUCAAGAUCAUUGAAGACUAUCACCGAGGAGCUGGGAGCGGUGGGUGUGUUCCCGCAGCCUCCCAGAGACGCACUGGUUCCACUGGUAUCCCAGCAGCUGUCAGACUGCUGGUCCUGAAGCCUCCACUGUAAGGCGCGCACUGCGCAUGCGCCGGUGCUGGACAGCUCCGAGAGGGAAAUUUAAAAAACGGUUCAAGAGGAUCCAGAUCAUCACCACUACCUCUACUGCAGACCACGUCCUGAUUCCCGCGUCCUCCACUGGAUACCACGUCCUGAUCAGCGAGUCCAGUACAGUUUGGAUACCACGUCUUGAUCCCCUCGUAGGCCCUACUCUACUGGAGACCACGUCCCGAUCACCGCGUCCUCUACUGGAGACAACGUCCCGAUCACCGAGUCCAGUAUAGUCUGCAGACCACGUCCCGAUCACCGAGUCCAGUACAGUCUGGAGACCACGUCCUGAGACGCGCUCCGUCCUUUUCCUCCUCACGUCAUCUCCAACAGAGGUAAACACGAGAUGAUCGAAGGAGGCCUCCCGCCCAGGAUGUCCGGCCUCAUGGAGCCCUCCGGCCCGGAGCCGACCCACCAGGACUACAGGCUGCUGACCACCGACCCCUCCCAGCUGCGGGAGGAGGACCUCCCAGGGGACCUGCAGUCCCUGUCGUGGCUCACCUCCGUGGACGUCCCCCGCCUGCAGCAGAUGGUGGACGGCAGGGGCCUGGGCGACGGGGCACAGGGGCCCCCGGGGGCCCGCCUGCUGGAGCAGCAGACAGCUCAACUCAACAUGACGAUGUCCGGGGCCCACGCCGCCAUGCUCCACCUGCAGAGCAACAUGCAGCACGGCCCCCUGGGAGUCAACCUGCUCUCCGCCCACACCGGGAGUAUGUCUCCGUUCUCCAUCGGCGGCCAGCCCUCCCCCGGGUACCCCUGCCCCGCCUCCUCCUACCAGCCCGCCCCCCCGCAGGUGUACUCCCUCUCGCCGGCGGGACAACAGUGCUCUCCUGCUGGGCUCUACAGCAACGUGGCCUUCAGCAGCCAGAGUCUGUUCACCCAGCCCCGCCUUGCCCCUCAGAACCAGGAGCUGCAGCCCAAAGCCUUCCCCAAGCCCAUCUACUCCUACAGCUGUCUGAUCGCCAUGGCUCUGAAGAACAGCAAGACGGGCAGCCUGCCGGUCAGCGAGAUCUACAGCUUCAUGAAGGACCACUUCCCUUACUUCAAGACGGCGCCGGACGGCUGGAAGAACUCGGUCAGACACAACCUGUCGCUGAACAAGUGCUUCGAGAAGGUGGAGAACAAGCUGAGCGGCUCGUCCAGGAAGGGCUGCCUCUGGGCGCUGAACCCCGCCAAGAUCGACAAGAUGGAGGAGGAGAUGCAGAAGUGGAAGCGCAAGGACCUGCCCGCCAUCCGCCGCAGCAUGGCUAACCCCGACGAGCUGGACAAACUGAUCACCGACCGCCCGGACAGCUGCCGGCGCAAGGCGGAGGCGGGGGUGACGCGGCUGGCCCAUGGCCCCGCCCACGGCCCCGCCCCGGGCCAGCUGCAGGCCCCGCCCGUGGUCACGCUGUCCCUCCAGUGCCUCCCCAUGCACCACCACCACCAGCACCACCACCAACACCACCAGCAGCAGCACCAACAGCAGCAGCAGCACCAGCAGCACCAGCUCCACGCCCUGCAGGCCCGCCUCGCGCCCAUGUCCCCCAUGUCCCCCAUGUCCCCCGCCCCGGCCCAGACGCCCCCCCUCCACAGCCCCAUGGUGCAGCACCCCGGGAAGCUGCCCCAGGGCGACUACUACGGCCUGCAGGGCGACUCCGAGGUGGACGCCCUGGACCCCAGCAUCAUGGACUUCGCCCUCCAAGGGAACCUGUGGGAGGAGAUGAAGGACGACAGCUUCAACCUGGACGCCCUGGGCACCUUCAGCAGCUCCCCGCUGCGGCUGUCGGACUGCGACCUGGGGGGCCUGGCCCUGCCCCCUGCCCCCCUGAGCGACGUGCAGGUGACGGGGCUGUACGCCUCCUACGCCGCGCUGGACGCCCUCUCCGCCCAGUACAUGGCCGCCGCCCCCGCCAACAGCAAGCCCAUCGCCCUGCUUUAGGGGCGGGGCCAGGGCGCACGCACGCCGCCGGCCAAUCCGGCGCCAGGAUCCACAACUAUGAACCCCGUGGAUCCAACCAAAGGGAGACCCCGGGACACGGCCCUUCUGAUUGGUCGGGUGCCGGUGAGGUCUGUCGACACAAAGCUGGGGAACCAAUGAGGUUCCAGGAUUUGAGACGGACGAUGAGAACUGUGAACGGACUUGAAUCAAUGCGAGGAGACAUGUUGUGUAAAAAGGGAAGGACUACGUCUGCUCUGCCAAACAGCCGUAAGGCCUGACGGGGUUAGCGCACCACCCUCCGCCCUGGACGGAGGUCAUCUCCACCGUACAGACAGACCCCGUAGCUGUCUGUCUGUCUGUCUGUCUGUCUGCACGUCUGUACGUCGUUUUGUGGUAGGAAUUACUGGUGUUUUAUUUAUAUAUCAAAUGCAGCCGGACAAAAAGGGAACGUUUGCUGUAUAUAUUUGAAUGUGUUUUUUCUACGUAUAAAAGCUUUCUUCAAACUGAAUUUACCCACUGAUUCCAAAUGUGUGCCAACACUGUAAAGUACCCUGAAUGUCAUCCGAACCACAUGUUAAUAUAAUCAAUCACUGACCGGAAUAAACACUAAACCAAGGCUGAAUCAAACGGGAAUCCUCUUUGUCUUUAUCAAAAGUAACCUUUAUUUUAAAACAGCAGAUGGUGUGUCACAUGGGUCCAAACAAGAUGUGUUACGAUUGGCCCCUUUAGUCGUUGAGGAUGAACGAGGAGGAGGAAGAACGGCUCAAAACGUAACGCAAUUAUAUAUUCUAGCAUUUAUUGAUCAGGCAUUAAAUAUCACCAACGUAACAAAUAUCAGGGAACUCAUGGCACUUAAAAAGAGACGACUGAAAUCAUGGUGUCGGUAUUGAAA